AUGAAAAAGCAUUACAUCAUUCCCAAGAAAGGAGGAAAUGUAGCCACUCAAAGUCCCUAUGUCUUCCUAGGCCUGGUGACAGAUGUGUUGGGGAGGGAGAGCUGGAUAGUUGAUAUGAGGACAGAGUUGCUCCACUAUUCCAUGCAUUUUACUUCAUUAUUUCUGUAUCUGCUGAUCAUGUUGACAAGACAGAUCAAGUGUCAAUGCAGCAAAGAGAGUGUGAAGAUGGUGAAAAGGAUCACAACAGAGCUGAGCAAAGUGAAAAACGAUAGCAUGCUGUACACUCCAACUCUAGCAGAUUAUGAGCAGAACUGCUCCAGGUCCACGCUUACAUGCUUUGCAAUGGAAGUGAAUGUUUUGUUUGUCGAAAUCCAGAGUGUGGCUAAAUUUCAGUCUCGGCACCUACCAAAGAUCCUCAAGUUGCUGACGUAUAAGUUACAGGACAAAAUGAAGCCAUGCCCAGACUGCGAGCUCUAUCGAGAAGAAACAGCAGAGACUUUUUUGGAAACCUUACAAAAUGUUUUACAACGGAUGAAUGCUGAAAAAAGCUGUGCUCCAAAGAAGAAUAAGAGACAUUUAGAAGAAAAAAAAGAAGAAAAACCCCCUUAAAAACAUGAAAGAGCAGCUUUGUGGAUUCCUGAAGCAGUUCUGGAGAAGUUUCUGAGUAGCAAAACACCAUAUACCAAGCUGCACAUCUACAGUACAUAUCCAUCUGUAAAUGAACAUGCAAAGAUAUAUUUUAUUAAAUAACUUUUAUGGAAUAUUUGUUACAAUAGUCUGUUUUGACAACAAACUAAACCCAUGUCCACUGUUUUGCGAAUAAUACAGUUUGUUGGUUUGAGAAUUACUGUAGUAUAUUCAACUAAAAUAAAUUAUUACUGUCACCUUGACUAUAAUAGUGUCAUGUAGAAGAUUUAACUAGUCAAAGGAACCAAAAGCAUUAGCCUGGGCCAUAAAAUGUGAUGAGACAAGUUCGUUGAACAAAUGUUGACCUUUUGUUACAUGCCAUGUUGAGUCAUUAAAUAGCCAACGAUAAGUGUACAUUAUUGGCUAUUUAAUGACUUUUCCAUUAUUGGCAAAUAAAGUUCUUAUGUUACACUCUCUCGCUGUUCUGUAAUUUUGGAAAAGAAAGAGUCUGCUAAAAAAGAAUAAUGUGAUGCACUUUAUGAAAUAUCAUCCAAAACCAGUGCUCUGUUUAAAAUGUUGACAAACCUUAUAGAAUAGCCUUCUUUGAUUUGGUAGGGGUUUACCUUGAUGAUUAUCAGUGUCUUGAAAUGUCUUGACAUGUUUUAUUUAGGCUACCCUGAGAUAUGUGCAAUACAAUGAAUGCCUUACUUACAUGCUUUGUUUGAUGAAACUCGCACAUAAUACCAUAAAGCAACCAAGAGUCUGUAGAACAUUUGCAGCCAGAGCUCCAAACAUCCAAACAAAUACUGUGAUUCACGUCCACCAGCAAAACUUCAUAAAGUUGCUGUAGUCUGAAAUGUUUUAGUUAAAUUUUUUACUGUAAUUUGACCUUUACAGAUGGUCUAUAACUUUGCAGAGAACAUGCAUGUAUGAUCACACUACAUAAUAGCUUUAAAUGUAUAUCAAUAGAUAAGGUUAAGUGUCCUACAUACAUUUAACCAUUGUUCUGCUUAAUGACAUGAAAGGAAUUUGACAGCCUUCAGGUAUUUUAAGGGCAUGUUGCCAUGUUAGACUUUGUCUUAGUCUUUGUCCAAAGAUAGUAGUUUCAUAUCACUUAUCAGUUGAAUUUGAAGCGUUUGUAACAACUGCUGAAACAUUUUGUGGCCUUUAUAAUGGUGUGCA